GAAGAAUUCCUUCUUUUUCCUUUCAUAUAUAAAGGCAAGAAAAGAAUUGGAUUGGCAUAAAGCGAACAGCUCUCGCCUUACUAAGAUCUGCAGUUGGAAGCUGUAACCAUGAAGACUUUGAUCGUACUACUGUUCGUAGCCUUCGUCGCUGAUGCGGAUCCUGGCAUCGGCUUAGGACUUGGUCUCGGAGGCUUAGGAGGAUUCGGUGGAUUCGGUGGCGGAUUCGGUGCCAAAGGUGGAAUCUUGAGUGCUGGAAACUACGCCAAUGGAUUCAGCCACUCCAACGGAUACAGCCAUGGAAACCACAUCCUUAAGAAAUUUGGAGGCCUGGGUGGGCUGAAAUUCGGCCACCUUAACAAACACUUCCUCGGGAAGCGAAGCGCUGAUCCGGAGCCAGGAUUACUCGGAGGAAUUGGCCUCGGAGGUGGAGGAGGUUUCGGUGGAUUCGGAGGUGGAUUCGGGGCAAAAGGAGGUCUCUUGGGCGCCAAAAACUAUGCCCAUGGCUUCAGCAAUUCCAAGGGAUACAGUCAUGGAAGCCACAUUGGAGGAGGCUUCAAGGGACUUGGAGGUCUCGGAGCCGGCCACCUCAAGAAGUUCUUCAUCGGGAAGUGAGGUGCUGAUCCGGAACCCGAGUCCGAUGAGGAAUCUCGGUAGACUUUGGAACACUUUAUCAAUUUUGAUGUUUGUGGAGAUGAAUGAGGUCGUAACCUUUAUGACAGUAAUGUGCUCUUAUAUUUGCUAUAUUAGAUAAUUGCUAAGUAUAUUUUUCUUAUAAUAUAUAUCCAUAUAUACAAAUAUAUCUUUAUUUUUUUGGCAUCAUGU